GAUGGCGGCUUCAGUAACACUGUGCAAAACAUUUCCACCCCUUUCGCUUCAAGUUACUGCGCGUUCCAGGCCAAAGAAAUAGUUACCGCGAGGCUUAAGUGACUCGUCUCGAUUAGAAGUUCGUAGAGCAGAAGGACUGCCUCGGCGAGUGUUGCUGUCAGUCGAUACGCGGCCGCGAGGAGGAGCGCAAGAUGCCGACAUCGGUAGGACAAACGUCGGGUCUACUCGCAGCUUCGUCCCGCGGAAACAACAGCCCCGAAAGGAAAUAAUUAAGAUGCCAUGGAACUGAAAUUCCCCGAAGAGGACGAGCACGUGUCCUGUAGGCCAUGUUACAAGCCGUCCGAGCGUGUCAUCGAGUGCUCAAAUGAGUUUGGCAAUUACGAGGAAAAAGCCAAACCAGGUACUUGCUCGCAAACUCAACGGCCUUUGUUAUACACAAGGACCUGGCCUACAGAGCAUUGUCCCUGGUCUGGUCAACUUACAUCUCUCUCUGGCCAAAACAGCACAUCCAUCAACAUGCCUAAUGAGAUGGGAACGAUGAGCAUCCCUCCAGCUUUAAGCAUGGGCUCGGAGUUCUGGCCUGGUGCCCAGGACCAGCGAAGGCUAGGCACGAAAGUAGACGUGGUGUACAGUCUUCUCGGUAUGCUGGAAUGCACGGAAACCCGCGAAGACAUGAGCGCGACUCUUCUGUCGAUGAGCUCCUCGACAGAGAGCUGUUUGGCGAUGCGGCAGUCGGGUUGUUUGCCAUUGCUGAUCCAACUAAUACACUCCCCGGGCCAAGACCAGGACACCAUAGACCGAGCUUCUCAAGCUCUGCACAACAUCGUCCACGCGCGCAGCGACGAACGGGCUGGACGUCGAGAAGUACGAGUGCUGAAGUUGCUGGAGCAGUUGCGCGCCUACUGUCAGAAGAUUAGAACCUCCCUCGCCCUGGGCCAGCAAUCUGAAGAUCUCGAUCGCCACCCAGGACCAGCAAUAGCCGCAUUGAUGAAGCUCUCCUUUGACGAGGCCCACCGACACGCCAUUUGCCAGCUCGGCGGUCUACACGCAGUUGCGGAGCUCAUCGAGACAGACCACUCUUCUCAUGGCAGCGAGUGCGACGAUCAAAAUUGCAUUACCGUACGACGCUAUGCCGGGAUGGCGUUGACCAACCUAACGUUUGGUGAUGGCAAGAACAAGGCUCUCCUCUGCUCCUUCAGGAAGUUCAUGAAGGCGCUCGUGUCCCAGCUGCAUAGCCCCAGCGACGACCUGCGACAAGUGACCGCGAGUGUCCUGAGGAACCUCUCAUGGCGAGCCGACGCCAACAGCAAACAGACCCUAAGGGAGGUUGGAGCAGUCACCGGUCUUACCAAAGCUGCCAUGGAAGGCAGAAAGGAGCCAACCUUGAAGUCCAUACUCUCAGCGCUGUGGAACCUCUCGGCGCACUGCAGCAUAAACAAAGUUAACAUCUGCGCGGUAGAAGGAGCACUAGCUUUUCUCGUCGACAUGUUAAGCUACAAGGCCCCCAGUAAGACCAUGGCCAUCGUUGAAAACGCUGGAGGUAUAUUAAGGAACGUGUCCAGCCAUAUUGCGGUUAGGGAGGAUUACAGGUGCAUCCUCAGGGAACGGGGCUGUCUGCAGGUUCUUCUUCAACAGUUGAGAUCUCCCAGCUUAACGGUGGUCAGCAAUGCCUGUGGUACUCUUUGGAACCUCUCUGCUCGCUGCCCCCAAGAUCAGAGGCUCCUCUGGGACCUGGGAGCCGUUCCUAUGCUGCGGAGCCUGGUGCACUCCAAACACAAGAUGAUCUCCAUGGGCUCGAGCGCCACCCUGAAGAACUUGCUGGGUGCCAAACCUGGCAGCAGUAAUCUCAUACACCUCGACUCCACCGCCAGGAAGCUCGGUUUACCCACUCUUCCUGUUUUAGUCGCCAGGAGGCAGAAGGCGUUGGAACAGGAAAUCGACCAGAAUCUGGCAGAGACCUGUGACAAUAUAGAGCCCAGUAUUUCUCCCACAAACAAAGAUGAGAAGUUCUCGUUCCAUGUGGAUACCAACUUCAGCGAGAUCGGGAAACCCGUCAGGUCGUCGCACGUAUUCUGCCAUCAGUUUGGCUUUCCUGUGGGGAGUUACAAGACGGAUUGUAAAGCGGAGAAGAAAGAAGUGCUGCGAGGGAUUCACAGUCCUCAAUCAGAUGCUCUACUGAAGAGAAUGAACUUGGAUGCCUUACACAGAGCCGCACCGACUGACAUCAGGAGCAGAGAUCCAUUCACUUCGAAGUUCAAUUCUAGCACUUUCGGAAGACCAAAGGACACACAUGCGCAGGAUAAAUAUGGAUUUUUAAAUGCUAACGCUGCACCUUUACAUACAAAAUCGCUGGAAACUAGUUGCGUUAAUGAGCCUGGUAGUCGAGGUUCUUCGUCCUGGUACUCGGAGGACUCCGCUUUUUCUCAUAUACAGUACAACUCACAGACACCCGCGUUCGAGGAUAAUUAUACGGCGGUGGCGCCCAAGUCGGAUAUGGGAUUUAAUUUUUUUAAGCAACCUAAAGCUUCAUCUGGUGAGAAGUCGGACAUGCAGAAGCUUAUUGGGAAGUCCGCGUUUGAGGGAAAGUCAAAUAAUCUGGCGAGCCGGAAAAGUACACUUCUGUACAAGGAGGCCACGAGUCAGAGCAAGAUGUAUGGAGACAAGUCACCACAUCAAGAAACCCUUUUAAACGACGUUCAGAAGACUUUGGCUUCUUGUCAAAUGCUGAAACCGCAAAGGGACCCGCUAGAGCAAUAUCAAAUGGAGUCCCACUUGGAUGAGCCUACGGAUUAUAGUUUGCGAUACGCUGAACACGCCUCGGACGAAGACGAGAAGCAUGAUAACGCAUACUUGGCUGAUAACGAGUCGGGAAACAAAUCGGACGAGCCGGCUAAUUAUAGUUUAAGGUAUUCGGAGCGCGUUUCCGAUGACGACGAGAAACUCGACACGGCGUACCUCAUCGAAGACAAGUCUGAUGACUUAAAGUAUAGCUUGAGGUACGCCAAUGACACCUCUGAUGAUGAUGAGCAGAACUUGAGAAGUAGGGUCUACCUGCGGGAGAAGAAGACGAAGAGCACGUACGGUGGGGAAACGGAAAAGGACAAGAGGAAAACACAUUCCGUCGAGGACAAAGAAGUGGACGAGAGGUCUACCUCUUAUGUCAGUCAGGAUGCUAGCUUGGAAAACAUCCAGAAGAGAGAGACAUUUGGAAAUCUAUCCUUGGAUGACUUACAAACUGAACAAGCCAGCGAUGGCGAAGAGGGCAACGAGAAUUUGCUCGCUGACUGCAUCAGCAUCGGAAUACAAAAUAACCGGAAUAAGCAGUUGUUUGGAAAGAACACCCCCGACAAGCAGAAAGCGGAAAAGAGCCCUAUAAGUCAUGAACCCUUGAAUGAAGCUGAACACAGUUCAGGGGAUUUGAAGAGCGACAAUGAUUUGAGGGCUCUUAGGCUUCACGACUCGACGUCCUUUGCUGAAGAGGAUGUUACUUUUUUGCAUGCUGAUGAUUUGGUUAAGGACCCUUUAGCAGAGGGUGGUAGUCGAUCACUUGUGAGGAUACAAGAGUGCAGGUCCACUCUGGGCACUUCAAAUACGUCGAUAAGUGAGACUUCUACAUCUUCUGCUGAAGCCUUGGAGCAAGCUAUCCGGAUUUCGGCAUUAUGCGAACAUGCGAUUACACAUUCUGCAGACAAAACGGAAAUCAGCAUCGAUGCGACCCUAAAGACGACUGUUUGUGAAAACCUAGAGCCAUCGCUUGCUCUUGAUAGACCAAACUUAUCGGCUACCUUGUCCAUUACCGACUCCCACACAUUACCUCUUUCACCGCACCCCGUAAUUACCGAGUCAGAGAAAACAUUAGUUAAAACAAUUACGUCUAUGAUACCGCUGAAUCAGUCUCAAAGAGUUGGUAAAAAUGAAGGUAACGAUAGUCGCGAUAGCGGAAGUGGUCGAAUAGACCGGACCACGUCCACGUUAGUUCCUACCUCUACCGAAAGAUCAAUUCAACCGACGUCCGGUUGCGUUGAAACGUACGAUAGCGAAACACUAGAAACCUCCAGGGUUUUUGGAAGUCCUGCAGGAUUCCUUAAUACAAGCUCCGUAGAUAAUACUCUAGCUCUCUUUGCGCUCAAGGAGGAGCCCUCGAGUAGAAUCGAGGGAAUUAUUUCAGACGACAGCGGGCUGGGUUUCAAUGAAAGUAUCAAGCAAACAAAGGAAUGCACCGAGCUAAGAGAUCCCAAAUUGGAAGUCAGGUCUCCAAGUAAUUCGACUACUACGCUAGUCAUGCCGUUGGUCACGACGAAGGAGACUGAGUCCACAAAUGAGUUUGAAGAGUCCAACGUUUGGAAAAGCGAAUUUCUGAACAAUUAUGACAUCGUGAAACGUACAAUCCAGGAAAACACUCCUACACUCUUCUCGAAGGAGAAGGAACGAUCAAGUAGGAGUGACCUCGUAGACCGAAGCGCAUCGGCGACGAUUUCGGAGGACUGCGGGCCAAGUUCGACGACAGACUCGAUGUUCACGGCAUUAAGAAAGUCAAGAAUCAACGGACACCCUGAAGAAACUACGGGAUGCACGGGACAAAGGGAAUUCAGCGCGACGAUCUCGUGUUCGGACCACUCGACCACUACGCUAGUCAUCCCAUCAGAUUCCACAAAAGAGCAAGAUUCCACCUCGGCCACGAAACGCAGCGCGGUCAGCGACAUUUGGAAUGACGACUCUCAGAACGACGUAUCAUUUCCCAGCAUCAGUGUGAGUGCUCCUCUAAUCGCGUCAUUCGAAAGUGACGUGAUAGACGGACGAGCUCUGCCGAAGUACCACGAGGGUAUGAAUCCGACCCACACGAAGUUCCUGGACCGCGGACCAAGCGGUUUGCUGACAGAUAGUGCAAUGUUCUCAAUAAUGGGUGUUAACGGUGUAGACAUCACCGACAACCGGAUGAACAGCUUGGAGACGAUCAACAGCCAGGACAGGAGCGAGGCGUCGUCCAUCACCCCGACCUACAACGAGGGAGUUCUAAAUCCAGGGGGCGAGGUGCACUCCAGGAGUCUGGAGAACCUCCUGGGGAACUACAACAUUAGCAUGCACUCCCAGCUGGAGAACAUAAAGCCUCCAUCCCUGAUGGACGAGAUGCUGGACGCGGACAUGGGCAACAGCAUAAUGAGCGUCUCCAGCAUCAGUUCCGACAUAGUCGACGCCAAAGAGAAAGAGUCUCACAGCCUGGUCGACGGCGACCUGGCCAGGACCGUGGUGCACAGUAUAUUCUCCAUCGCUAGGUCUCACUACAUAGAUUCUAUGCACAGCAGCGCCAAUAACCAUCUGAGUGAGACCCUGGAGAAUAUCAAGCCGCCCUCUUUGUUCAAUGAAGUCAGCCAGAUGGACGGCUUCACCACUGAGGUUAUUACCGACAACCUCUCCAGUGAUUCGGAGGCAGAGAUCCAAAACGAGGAGGCACCACACGCGAAUGAUCUAGUUCACGACCCUGAAGACGAGCCGGAAGCAACAGUUGCAGUCGACCCGGUCAGAAGUAGCUCGCUGGAGAAUGGAUUAGAUAGUCCAGAAGACACAUCAGAAAGGUCCCUUGGAAAGAGUCAACUCACCCCGAAAGAGAAAAGGCUGUUGUCAAAAGAACGGUACAAGACCUACACGAUAGAUACGGAGAUGCCCGACAACAAGGAGAAACACGAAGAGAACGAGGUGGCCAAGUACCGAAGGAAGAGUUCGCCCUUCAAGAGCCUGACUCCAAAACAACGUAGGCAGGAGGAUAGAGCUAGAUUCCAGACCCAGGUGUUGAAGAACACCUUCCCCGCCCUGGUUGUUCGCAAGAACGAGUCUAGCGAUGACAACCAAGCGGCCUGCGACGAACGGAACGAGGAAUCUGCAGACUCUCCCGUCUUCAAGUCGGUCAUCCCCAUACCGAAGAAGUCUCCUGUCGGCAAACCCAUAAGAAAGCGCCACAACAGCAGGAAGGACCACCAGGAGAGAUACAGGACGAGGACCUUGAGCCGGGCGGAGAGUUCCUUGAGUAACGGCUCAAUCGACCGUAGUUCCAGCUUGGAUGAAAAGCAAGACGACUCCAAGGAGAUGAAGAAGAUGUCGGAUGAUGAAGUUUUCACGGUAGAAACCCCGAGCAAGAUGAACGAGGACCCCGAGGUUGUUGAAGACGAGACACGACAAGACUCUGGGACUGUUACCAAAGUGUACAACGAUAAGUCGACCUCGAAACUGAAGAAGAUGUACUGCGCGUUCGGGAGGUCGAAGAGCAUGACCGGCACAGCGAACGUCCGGCACCUGGCAGAAAGGUACACUUCCUCCAAGUCCGAGGAGAAGAUAGAGAACUGCGAGGCUGAACUUGAAAAAGAACAGCGUACUCAAGACUGGCCCAAAAAAACGGGACCACGCAUCGUAAAGGCAGGCUCCAUCAGCAAAGGCGUCACGAAUGAUUCCAGCAGCGAAAAGAUCGAGCCAGAGACCGUCAAGGUCGUUCGCGGAAGGAGGAAACCACUUUACUCAAAGCCAAACAUGCCGAAGAAGGCGGCACCUUCGUUCUCCUCCAAACAGGUCAGCCCUGCAGUCAGCACAAUUCCCGUAGGUCGUGCCAACGCCGCCCCAGCAGUCAAGUUGUCGAGGUUAACAACGGCCAAACAACACGGUACCAGCCUUACAUCCACCCAGAGAAUCGUCCCAAAACCCAAGACAGCCUUGAAAACUGGAUCUGCGACCAAGGUCAACGAAAAACGUGGACAGAGUGUGAGUGCUCCCGCACCCGUCAAGAGCUUCAUCCCUAGGAAGAGGUCCGCUCCACCUUCCAUUAAGUCCAACCCGAGUCAGAACCCUGCAGAAAGCAUCCAGUCUGAGGAGACCACGACAGUCGCCCCAAUCGUUGCUCCCCUAAAGAGAGAGGGUACCUUCACCAAAGACGAGCCAGAGAACGAGAACGUGCCCGCGAUACUCCCCCUGGAACCUGAGGCCAAGGUUUUGGAUGACCUCUCCGACAUCCACCAAGCGGCGACCAUCAGGGUUCAUUCAGUCAGUCCGUUGAAGCUGCAGAGAAGCUCUAGUGCUGAUAAGGACCAAUCCAAAGAGGUGUCCCCUCAUAAGUCCGAGCAACAGGUGAGCCCCAACGCGAUUAGCACCACCGGUCCACGUGGGCGGUAUCCUCCGAAGAAAUUCCAGAAGAAGAUUGACAAGCCAAAGGAACAUCAAGCUGGUAAAGGACAUCAAGCUGGUAAGGAACAUCAAGUUAGGCCUGACAAUCAAUCGUCUCCUGGUACUUGUGCGAACGAGAUGGACGAGUUACCGGCCUUGGCAAUGAGGCGAAGCUCGACCUUCGAGAUGCUCCUGAAGAGCGCAGAGCAAGAAACAAAGCUGGACUCAGAAAGACCGGCUGAUAAUACUGAGGUCGAGGUCAAGCAAGCUAAGUCCUAUCGCAACUCUUGCGAUUUCACGGGGAUUCAGGGAUCCCCCUGCAAAAUUCCAGUUAAGCAAGCUGGAGAGGCUUCCAGAGGCCCUCGGGAUUUGUCCCAGACUGGGAUUCCUACGAAGGGCCUCCAGAACGCCAAAAUCCCUAAGGAGAGUCUUGGCCUGGUGGCGAAGAGGUCCUCUCAACCUGGCUCUCUCUUCAGGGCGGACUCCUUCAGGGCUGAUGGUUUCCUGCAGACCCAAAUCGUUACCGGCAAUAUUCGAGCUCCAGCAGCUGCUAUCGUUUCGCCUUUCAAUUAUAACCCCAAGGACGCUACUAAGCCCGCUCUGCUCAAGGUGGACACCCAGAUGAAGAACGCCGACCUGGGAGAGCUCCAAGCCAAGAAAGCUACGGCUUCCAGGAGGGUGACGAGUGUCUAACUAAUGCAGGGUGCAUUUCAUCCUGAUUUCAAUGGGCAAUGAACGUUUAUUUAUUGGGCUCGCGAGCUGGUGCACCCAUUUGCCCUAUUGGACUCCUUCUAAUGUGCGCGAUUGGUCGCUCCCCUCUGGAUAGAAGUGCUUUCCCUUUUCUAGACUUUCUGCGAGAACUACGGUGCAUUCACUUUUACUUAGACUCCAGGGGGUUUUUAAUGUCGAGACGCCGAAGACGCGACUUUAGAAUUUCGUUGCACGAGAGGGAUACGUUAAUGGAACUCUUAAUUUGGGUAUGACGUAGCAUUUCGCCGACCAAUCGCGCACCUCGGGGGUCCAAGAUGGCGACCCACGGCACCACCGGAGUCAUCGCGUCACUCGGCAUCUUUCUCUCCCUCUCUCUUGCGUUCUUGUAUUAAUAAUUAGGUCCCGUCGGACAAAUACUCGUCUUUUGUUCGAUUAAGAGCUUCCGUCGAUUUUAGAGCGUCCUAUCCCGAUCGUGCUUCGUUCGUAUAGUCGGUUAAAUUAUUUUUAGUUCGGUGUCGAUGAAGAGCCGUGACGGCUCGAGGUCGAACUUGAGCACGUAGUACCUUAAGGUUGUGACUCGUAUAAUCGGUUCGCUAAUGUGAUUAGGAAAGACAGCUAGCAUUCGUAGGUCUUUCGUACAAAUUUACGUCUGGUAUUAUUACUAUUGUGUCGAGCAGCGCUAGGUUUAAUCUAUACUCAUGUGUUAUCUACGCCCGCCGGGUCAAGUCCCAACCACUGAGAUUUUUACAGAGGGUCGGCGCUUGAUUCACGUAGUGGUUUACUUAUUACGGCGGCCAGGUUUCCGUUUUACCGGAAUCUCCACUCCCUAGAAUUAUAGGGACCAUAAGAUUAACCAUGUACUCACUUUCGCGGUCAUGAAUUUUUGACCCGUCGUUUAUCUGAAAUUAAUCAGAACGCCAUUCCUUCUUUACAUUCAUUAAGACGUUCCUAAAGUAUCACUUCAAGUUCCAUUUGAACAGCGCGCGUAUUCUGCGAAAAUUUAAGCCUCGAAUCAGGGAGCAUUGCCGCUCUUAUCUUCUCUCUGUUUCAUGUUUUAUCGCUCGAAGAUGCUUUUACGAGCGCGCUAUCAAAAAGGGGAAAAAAAAACAGUUUUCAACACGUCCAUUUUUUACUUCAAGCGUCUCACUUUUAUAUGAAAAGCAAGAUAGUCAAAUGAAGAAUUUUGUAACGUGAAAAGGUCUCCGACAUGAAUUCACUUUUCUUUUUUUCUCACUGAAAAGGAGUGAGGCAGUCAUUGAUCUCUGAAAGUUCGACGAAUAACGUGCUAUUUAUAGAAGGUAAAGAAUUUUGCAUUUGAAUUUGCAUUUAUUUUUACUUGAGACUUUACGUUUCAUAGGAUUUCCUGCUCGCCUAUUUAUUUCUUAGUCUUCUCGGAACUGAUUUUGCAUUCUCAAUUCUCAUGAUCAUCGAAGCUCUUCAAUCCCUUUCAAUUCGUUCAGCCUUUGUAAUCGUAGGAUCCAGCAGAUCGUGUAUCGUAUAGUAAUAAAGCCGAGGAUUCAGGUAAAUCGGAAACUUGAUUAAUUAACGGUGAAUCUUCGAACCCUUGUAAUUACUUGGAUGGAAGUACAGUCGUUACCUAUA